CUACAAGGAAAAUCAAUGGGGAGAACACCUUGCUGUGACAAAAAUGGCCUCAAGAAAGGUCCCUGGACACCCGAGGAAGAUCUUAAGCUUACUAAUUAUAUUCAGAGUCAUGGCCCAGCAAACUGGCAUACCCUCCCUAAGAAUGCUGGGCUCCAAAGAUGUGGAAAGAGUUGCCGUCUCAGAUGGACAAACUACCUUAGACCUGAUAUCAAGAGAGGAAGGUUUUCAUUUGAAGAAGAAGAGACUAUAAUUCAACUGCAUAGUAUUUUGGGAAACAAAUGGUCGGCUAUUGCCGCUCGCUUGCCAGGCAGGACCGACAAUGAAAUCAAGAAUUACUGGAACACUCAUAUCAGGAAAAGGCUUCUGAAAAAUGGAAUUGAUCCUGUGACACAUGCUCCACGCCUUGAUUUUCUAGAUCUUUCCUCCAUUCUCAGCUCAACCUUGUGCAACCAAUCUCUUCUCAAUGUGUCAAACUUGUUAGGUACACAAGCUCUCCUAAAUCCUGAGCUGCUAAGGCUAGCUCACACCCUAUUAUCCUUGAAACAAGAAAACCCUGAAAUACUGCUACAAUAUCUCCAGCAAAGCCAGCUUUGCGAUUCUCAACAAAAUCUAGUUCCCAGCCAGUUACAACCAAGCCAGCUUCAAGAUCCCAUUCAAAGUGCUUCAACUUGCACCACAUCUACUAUUCCUUGCACUUCGGUGCUAAGCCAAACAGAACUCAUGCAAGCCGCUGGAGAAGGGUUUUCUUCCAAUAUGACAAACUUCAGCUACCCAAAUUUUCAAGAAAAUUUGACAGCUUCUACUUUAAUUAAUGCAUUUGUUUCCCAACCCAAUUAUGUGCACUGUAGCCCAAAUCCCACUGUUCCGCUUGUAUCUGAAAAUUCGAACUUCCAAUCACUGGGUGGCAGCCACAAUUUUAGCUUUGAUUCUGUGAGAUCAACGCCGAUAUCAAGUCCAACCCCUUUGAAUUCAUCAUCUACAUUCAUCAACAGCAGCAGUACCGAUGACGAGAGAGAGAGCUUCAGCAGCUUGCUCAAGUUUGAAAUUCCAGAGAGUUUGGAUAUCAAUGAUUUUUUGUAA